AUGACGGUCCCGUUGGAGGCGAUCACCUUUCGCAACCAGACCGAGUCACCUCUACUUCGACUUCCUGGGGAGCUGCGCAAUCGUAUCUACGAGUUGGUUGUUGGCGGAAACAUCAUCUUCGUAUCAGGUUUGCUCCAGCGACCGGAGAAAGCAUUGGUCGAUCUCAUGACCCCUGGAGUGGCCCAAAAGAGUACCUGGACAUCUGUUUCGGGUAUUUUUACCAUCGGUCUUGCAUGUCGUCAGCUACACCGAGAAACAGCUCUCACCCAGUACACAAAGAACGUCUUCCACUUCGACGACAUGCAAUCUGGUCGAGCUUUCGUGAACGGUCUCACUAGUACACAGCGAGCGCUACUCACGUCUAUAUCCGUCAACGUCGUGGAUUACUUCAGCGCAGAUCCCUCAUGGGACCUUAUGUUAACUAUGUGGAGCUCCGUGGUAGACACCGACAUCGACAUGUUCUUGCCCGAGCUAGAGAUUGUCUAUAUCAGUGCACAGGACCGGACAGGCUCUUUUCGGGCGAAUGAGGAAGAGGUACUUCACACAGUUGGGCGAAAGCUGAAGAUCGGUACAUCACGCAAGGAAGGUGUCUCGCUUAUGAUCCUUGAUGUGUUCCGAGGAAUGGAGAACCGAGAUCAAGCGAAGACGAUCAAACUGAGUUGGAACGGUGAGGCGUUCGUCUGA